AUGGGAGUGGAAGGAACGAUGGAAUAUAUAUCGGAAUUCUUGAAGAAGAGGAAGAGAAAGAAGAAGAAACAAAUGCAGACAGUAGCUCUCCGAGUUGCUCGUAUCGACUGCGAAGGGUGUGAACGUAGGAUCAAACAUAUCCUCUCCGGCGUCAAAGGGGUGAAAUCGGUGGACGUGGAUGUGAAGCUACAGAAGGUAACGGUGAUGGGAUACGUGGAUCCCAAGAAAGUUUUGGAGGCAGCCAAGUCAACGAAGAAGAAAGUGGAGCUAUGGCCGUAUGUUCCGUACACGAUGGUGGCGAAUCCGUACAUAUCUCAAGCAUAUGACAAGAAGGCACCACCGAACAUGGUUCGGAAAGUCCCCGACACGGCAUCCGUCAACGAGACCACCGUCGAUGACUCUUACACUAUUAUGUUUAGCGACGAGAACCCAAAUUCUUGUUUUAUCAUGUAA